CUGAAGAGGAGAUAAAAACGGAGCAGGAGGUGGUGGAGGGGAUGGACAUCUCUACUCGCUCCAAAGGUGAGUAAAAAAAAAAAAAAUCUCAGAGUAUCCACUCCGACCUCCAGGAGAGGGGGAUUUCUUUUGUUGUUGUCGAGAGGUGAGACACUCUCUCUGAGCGGCUGGCUGCGACACUGUAGGGUCUUUUGAUGGAUGAACCUAAUUUCUGGAGACAUGGUUCAGUCCUCCUCCUUCCCUGCUGUGCCUGUGUAGGUGUGCCGACUUGCCCGGCAUUGCCCUGUGGUAAAUUUUGGGUGUGUGUCUGGGGCUGAGGGUGCCUGCCUGCCUGCUUCUCCCCAGAACGAUCCUUACAGGAGUCUAAAUGUGCUUUCUGCAGAAGCCACUGAGGUCUGCAGCUGUGGCGGGCUUCCUGAUUGUAACAGCAGGCCUCUGGGCAAUCUGUGGGUGGGGUGGGACCAGCUUCAUUGGGAAAUGGUGGUCUUGGUUGGCAAUUACAAGGGAGUGAGGAGGCCAGUGCCUGCCUUGGGAGCAAACUGUGGUCUCUUCUCUGUUUAUUCUGUUUGUGGGGAGCCCGCAGUGGCCUGGGCCUGUCUUCCUGCUCAGUGAGAGUUCGUGGGGCACCCCAAGGGGGGUAUUUGCUUGUGCCUUGGGCGCUCUUAACGGCAGCCCUUUGGAGGACUGUCACGUAUUUGCCACAAUAGACUAACGGCUGUGCUGUGCGUUUGCUGCAGCUCCAGGCUGUGUCUGGGAGGUGGGAGGGGCUGCAGGAAGGGCUGUUACAGAUCCUUCCAGGAGGCUCUCAUCUGGCCAGGAUGUCAUAAAAUAGGACUUCCUAGAGGCACCUGAAAGAAAAGAGAGCAUCCUGGGGCUUGAGAAAAAAAAAGAAGGAAAAGAAAAGAAAAGACAGUCUAUUAUUUGGGUCAAGCUAGGGGUCAGGUGGUCAUACAGAGCUGGCUGGGAGUUGGAAGGAGGAAGAGGAAGAGGAAGAGGAGGAGGAAGAGGAAGAGAAGGAAGAAGAGGAGGAGGAGGCAAGGCUCACUGCCCUGCCCCUUGCCUUAGCUGUCCCAGCAUGUACAGGUCAUCUUAGUGUCAUUGUUCCAAGAGGCAAGGAACCCGGAGAGCUGGAGCAGGGCGUGGCCUUCCAGAGCCUUGGCUGACAGUUGAUCAGGACUGAGGGAGCACCUUGAAGCCGAAGAGACUUGUCCUGGUGACACAGGCCAGAGUAGAGAGGUUGAGGGAGAGUCUAUAAAGAGGGGCUGGGCGGUGUUAGGUCUUCAUCUUUGUCUGUCUUCUGUCUACUUCCCUUUCCUUUUCCCUUUGGAGACCGGGUCUCACGACACAACUCUGGCUGGCUUAGAACUUACUCUGUAGAUAGGUCCUGUUGGUUUUGAACUCACAGAAAUCCACCUGCCUCUGCGUCCGGAGUGCUGGAGUUAAAGGUGUACACUGCCACUCUGUGCCUGGCUCACUUUAUUAUUUGUAAACUCGGGUGUGGAAUUUCUUGCUAUCUCAGGCUCCUCCUCCCACCUAAGGCUGUCUGGGACAGAGACGCUGGUGUGCCUGAAGGCCCAUGGGACAACAGGAAUCUUUAGUGUUGGGCCUGCCUAAUCCCCGUCUGAAGUGGGAGGUAAUCCCACCCUGCAAGCGAAGACACUAAGUCUCCAAUAGGUGAUGAAUGGGGAGAGGAGGCCGUGUCAAGACGUCCUCGUUCCUGGACUCUCCUCAGCAGGACAGGGUAAAAUCUUCCAGAAAGACAACAGUCAUGGGCCACCAAUUUGAGAAAGUCCCCAGGGACCUGCUUGUCUCACCCACUGUGGAGAGACCUUUUCUGUCAUUAUAUACCAAGAAGUGCCUAGAAGUUCAUAAGCCAAUGCUGUUUCCCCUCUGCUUAUCAGCUCUGGGUGACUUUCUCAGGGCACUGAGGACCGUUCUGUAGGGUUGAGGGGAUGGCUCCAGGUGGUAAAGAACUUAUGUAAAAAUCCUGUCUUGAGUCCCUGGUUUCAAUGUGAGACCUUCUCUGGGAAAAUACAGUGGGUGGACGGACAGACAGCACCUGAGGAAUAAGGCCUGAGGUUGACAUCACACCUCCAUACGUGUGCGUGCACAUGUACACAGGCACCCGAGUGCACACAUACAUAGGGCAUCAGCCUCCACUCACGUUUAUCUUCCUAAACUUCUAGUUCCCCCCACCCACCUCCUGACAUCCUUCUGCUUGUCUGCUGUCCCCUGGGACCUGCUUCUCCAUUGCCCUGUGACACCCGUUCACCUGUACCAACUCUUCCCAGCUUCUCCCUGUGUCCUUCUGUUUGUCCUUGGGAGUUUGUGCCUCUGUCUUUCUGGAACACGCUGCCCUGGCUUCUGGCGGCUCUCUUCCGGAUCACGCAGACUCAACACAGAUGUUGCUAGAAAGACUUUUGGUGGCCGCUGGUUCUGAGGGAGCCGUUCUCCCCUAUCGAGUUCUGUUUUCAAAGUAAGCUCAUUUUUUUUUUUUUUUUGGUUCUUUUUUUUCGGAGCUGGGGACCGAACCCAGGGCCUUGCGCUUCCUAGGCAAGCGCUCUACCACUGAGCUAAAUCCCCAACCCCAGUAAGCUCAUUUUUAAGAGUUUUAGAUUUCAAGAAUACUUACACAGCCCUGCCUCACCCCACCCCACUCCACCCUUCCCCACCCCUCCCGUUUCUGUUCUCUUUGGCAAAUCUAGAUGUUCUGAAUUCAUAGAGCCCACACUGGAUUCAGACAUCCUCAGUUUUCCUGUCAAAGGCCCCCUUUCUCUUCCAAGAUGCAUGACACUGUCUCCUUAGUUUCUCAGACCUUUGUUUUUAAUUGACAUUUUUCAAAUUGUACUCGAGUGUGUGUGUGUGUGUGUGUGUGAACAGAGGCUCACGGUAGCUCAUGCUGUCCUCAAACUUGCUGUGUAGUCCAGGGUGAUCUGCCUGAGUGCUGGGCUUACAGGCCUGUGCCACCAUGCGAGGGUUAUGUGAUGCUCCGGGUGAGACCUGCCACUUGUUAAUGCUAGGCAGUGAGUGGUCCCCACAGUACAUUCUCCUAAAGGAAGUCACUGAGCCACAUGCCAGGAGCAGGGCAUUGUGCCCCUCCUCCUCCAGGACAGAGUGACUGCUUUAAAUUCUGUACAGUGGAGAUGAUGUUGUUCCCCCUGUGUCUUUCUGUCCUCCCCUAAAGGUUUAUUUAUUUGUUGAAUUUUCUGGGCAUGAUGUUUUGUGUGCACAUGUGCCUGUGUACCUUGUGCAUGUCUAGUGCCCACAGAGACCAGAAGAGGGUGUUGGGGAUACUCUGCAACUGGGGUUAUGUGUCAUGUGGGUGCUGGGAAUUGAACCCAGGUCCUCUGGAAGAACCAGUGCUCUUAACUGCUGAGCCGCCUUCUCAGAAGUAUGCUUCACUGUUCCUCUGUAGCAUUGUGGACCCAAGGAUCAUUUCCUGUGCCCUUGGGUUUAUCCCUUGCUACUUAUUACCGAUUGCUUCUCGGGGCUGCUAGGAGCGCUCUGUUGUCUCUGGGCAUCCCUGGGCCAACUUGUCUCCGUGGUCUGUUUAUGACUGUUUAUGAUCUGGCUUCGUCGUCGUCAUCUGCAUGUUCAGCUUCAGGCCCUUUUUGGGACAGUGGUAUUAGAAACAGAGAUGCAGGUUUGCUGGUUAUGCGUGUCAAUGCUGGGCCGUCCGCUUCUAGGUCUUCAAAGUUAUUCACAGAGAAGAUGUGUGUACCCACAGUUACUGCUCUUAUCUGUGUGGGUUCUUUUUUCUUUUUUGUUUGCACAUGCCUUCCUGUCUCUGUGGUGGCUAGCCAUGAGUUCGUGUGCUUGUUCGUGUGCAUAUAUAUAUGUAUAUAUAUAUAUAUAUUUUUUUUUUCCCCCCCGGAACUGAGGACUGAACCCAGGGCCUUGCGCUUGCUAGGCAAGCGCUCUACCACUGAGCUAAAUCCCCAACCCCCAAAAUAUAUAUAUUUAUUUUGCAAUUUUGUGUGCAUAGGUAACACACACACAUGCACGUGUGGCUAUACACAGGUAGAGGUCAGAAAGACAGCUUGCUGGAGUUGGUUCUCUAUAUAACAUGAGAUACCCUGGGAUCAAACUCAGAUCUUCUGUUUUUGGCAGCAAGCCCUUUUACCCACUGAGCCAGUUCAGCGGCCCUUAGCACCUUCCAAUCAGUAUGCGGCCCACUUGCCUCCCUCAGCUCGUCCAUCCCAGCGCUGGGGAAGCUGGCUCCUCAGGCUUGCCUUUUGUGAACGGCUUUGGAGUAGUUUUAGUCUGAUCCACAGUGGACAGUGAAGACUGCUAACUCAAGUAUCGGCUCAGUAGACCAUGACCCACUCAAGAUAAUGGACGGAGUGGAGGGACAGCUCAGUGGUCAGGAUAUGAGGUUGCCGCUCUUUCAGAGAUGCUGAGUUUGGUUCCAGUACCCGUGGCUCACAACUGCCUAUGACCUCUGGGAAUCGAAGCCCUUUCUGGAGGGGCAUACACGUGUGUCGUACACACACUCAGAUACAUACACACUUACACAUAGAUUAAAGGGAAAAGGUAAUUGUCUCCGGCUUGCUAGGGUUCUGUCAUUCUAGAGACUGUGUGGAGACAGCGUUGCUACCCUGUGCUCUUCCGCUUGGUGCUCUUCAGGGGCACGCGGUUUUCUCUGGAAGGACCUUGACCUCCAAGUGUGCCACACCCCCAUCUAAGGUAAUGUGGCCUUGUGUGUGUGCAUGUGUGUUGCGUGUACCCGUGCAUUCGUGCUUGACUAAGUGUGGCUCGUUGAGGUAACUUUGGAGAUCUUUCUCUUGCUCUCCACCUCAGUUUUUGAGACAUGAGAUGACUGAACCUGGAGGUGGCCAUUUUGGCUAGACUGUCUGACCAUCAAGUCCCUGGUUAGUGUCUGCCUGUCUUCACUGUCCCCCACGAUCUGGGGUUAUACACCCAUCUUCCCGGGUCUGGCUUUUUUACGGGUUGUCUAGCUUUUGCUGUGAGCACUUUAUCCUCUGACCUCUGAACUUUUUUUUUUUUUUUGAGUGGGAUCCCAGGUUGCCUUCCAACUUGUUACGCAGGUGAAGUUGUGUCCCUGAACCUCUGACCCUGCUGCCUCUACCUCCCAAGUACCUCCCAAGUAUUGGGAUCUGGGAUCGCAAGGUUCUUGCCCUGGCACCAUGCCUUAGAGAUGUGGAGCAAGCCCUCUCCACAGCUGCCAACAGCAGAGAGUUUUUAAAACAGGCCAGCGAGCCAGACUCCUUGGUCCAUGCUUGUCCCUUGCCAGAGCUGAGUUAUGGUUUAUGGCUUCGUUUUCCCUAAACAGGACGGGAAAGUUCAGGUGAGUUUUGCUCACAUAGUAGGGUGCUUGUUCAGAAUGGUGUGUGAACAUGAGAGCGCCCCCAAACGGCAGCCAGGACUAGAUAGAGAACAGGGAGUCCUUCCUGGCUGUGUUUGCUCUUGUCCCAAGAAGAGGUUGUGGGGGUCGCUGUGUACACUGUCCAGCCUGCCUGGUACGCUGUGUAGGGUUGCCCAGGGUUACCUGGGGACCAGGAAAUCUCUGUCUGUGAGUGCAUUCGUCGUACAUACUUGGGAGUGUUCCUCCGUUACAGUGGCUCAGCCUGCUGACCCGCUGGCCUCUGCACCGUUCAGAGUGAUUGGAGGUCCCGGCGUUGCUCAGAAUCUGAGGGGAGAGGCCCUCUUGUUUCUAAGGGACUUUCUGCCAGUCUUUUGGUGGCCCUCCUUGUGGAGAGGGGGUCUGCUCCGGCUGCUGCUGUUUUUAGAGCAUCUUUCUCUUAAAAUAUUUAUUUAUUUUAAAUGAUAUGCCUGCCGGUUAUGAGCCAGUGAAUGUGGGUGCUGGGGAGGCCAGGAGGGGGUUUCAGAUCCCUGGAGUCAGGGGUGGGGGCGGUUGUGAAUUGUGGGUGUUGCAAAUGGAGCUUGGGUUCUCAGCAAGGGCCGUAUUAGCUCUUAACUGCUGAGCCAUUUCAUAAUUAAUUACUAUUGUUAUUAUUUUGAGGCAGGGUCUCUGGAGAGCAGAACUUGGUUUCCCAUAACUGAAGCUAACCUUGACUUUACUGUGUAGUGAAGGGUGGCCUUGAACUCUGGAUGUUCCUGCUUUCUGUUCCCAAGGGCUGGGAUCCCAACAACCUCUGCCUGGGUAUCAGAACACUCCCCUGACUCAGUCACCUGAGUGUCAUUCAGGUUUUACACCCUGACCUUUGACCUGGGGCACCGAGGUUCAUAGAGUUGAAGUCUGUCUGUGGUCAAGCUGUGACAUUUGUGAUGUGUUGGGGACAAGGCCUAUACUUCUUUCAGCCCCAUUUACCUCAGAGAUCCCCAGUGUGGUGAUCCAGGCUGUGAACACUAAUUGUCCCUUUAGGCCACUUUUCUUGUGGUUCUCCAUGUUCAGUAUUGCUGUCCCCAAAAGAUAAGUAAUUAAUUAACUUGAGGAGAGAGGAAGAGAGAGGCACACGUGUGCCACCCCCUGCACCACCAUUGCUGAGUGGGCAUCCUGUGUGGGUUCUGUUAUGAGCAGCAGAAGUCUCUGCCAGGGCUGUUUGAACAGGAACAGAAGGGGACUGGCCGGGUCUCAGCAGGAAGGCUGUUGGUUGGGUGUGGAUAACUCACCAGCCUUCUCUGAACAAUAGGGUGCAGGCCGUGUGUCACGUGGCUGCCCUUUGGCUGCUGUCUAGACACUUGGACCUACCCUGGCCGUCUCCACAAGUAAGGGAAAAUUCCCCCGGAGAUGAGGUGGGCCAUCUGGAAAAGCUCAGGACUUUAUUCAGGGCUUGGUGCUGCGUGGCGUCCAGCUGGCUCUGGGAACUCAGAGACUCUGAUAGGAAUCAGUAGGGAGGUGAUUGAUUUAACCUAGGGUGUUGUGCUUUCUAGGCAAGGGUUUGGCCUCCCAGCCACCUCUCUAGCCCCAGCUGAAAUUCUGUUUUAUUGCAUUGGUUUUGGUGUAUGUGUGUCUUUGUGCCCCAGUGUACGUACAGAGAAGCCAGAGGAGACCUUUGUGAGACCUGCUUCUUCAACUACAUAGGCCCCAAAGACAGAACUCGGGUCCUCAGGCUUGGCACCAAGCCCCUUUAUCUCCUGAGCUAUUUCCACAGCCCAAGAACUCAGUGUGUGGCACAGGCUUCUCCCAGACCUGCCUCAGAUCCCCAACUGUUAAAGUUUUGUUUUCUUUCUUUGAGCUGAGAUGUUUUUAUGUUGUCCAGGCUGGUCUUGAACUUACAGCUUAAAGGGAGUAGCUAGGGCAGCCAGCCAGCCAUGUGUCAACAUACUUAGCUUGGAAUGUCAUAUUUUUGUUUGGAGAUGGCUCCUUCUGUGCAGCCCUUCUGGGUGUGGAGCUCAAUAUGUAGAGCAGGCUGAUCAGUGUUCCUCCUGACUCAGCCUCUGGGAGGGGUGGGAUUAAAGGCCAACACCACCAACCCUGGUGUGUUUAUUUGUGUGUGUGUGUGUGUGUGUGUGUGUGCGUGCAUGUGUCUGUGCAUGCCUGUGUGUGUGUGUGUGUCAGUGCGUGUGUCUGUGUGUGCCUGUGUGUGUCUGUGUCUGUGUAUGUGUCUGUGCAUGUGCCUGUGUGUGUCUGUGUCUGUGUGUGUCUGUGUGGGCCUGUGUGUGCGUAUGUCUGUGUGUGUCUGUGUGUCUGUCUCUGUGUGUGGUGUUUAUGUGUCUGUAUGUGUGUGUGUGUGUCUGUGUGUGCCUGUGUGUGUCUGUGUCUGUGUGUGUGUCUGUGCAUGUGCCUGUGUGUGUCUGUGUCUGUGUGUGUUUGUGUGUGUCUGUGUGGGCUUGUGUGUGCAUAUGUCUGUGUGUGUCUGUGUGUCUGUCUCUGUGUGUGGUGUGUAUGUGUCUGUAUGUGUGUGUCUGUGUGUACCUAUGUGUACCUAUGUGUGUCUGUGUCUGUUUGUGUGUGUGUGUCUGUGUGUGCCUGAGUGUGUGUGUGUUGUGUGUGCCUGAGUGUGUGUGUGUGUGUGUCUAUGUGUCUGUGUAUGUGUGUGUGUGUGUGUAGGUCAGAGGACAGCUUUUGAUAGUUGCUUUUUCACCUUCCACUCUGUGGGUCUGUCUCAGUACUCGGGUACUCAGGUUGAGUGGCGGGCAAAGGCUCCCACAGAGCCCUCUUACCAGACCUUGCUCAGAAUUCUCAAAUCUGAUCCUGCCACCUCGUCCGCAGGGUUUUCAGGUUCUCUGAAUUUCAAUCAGCGGCUCUCUUCCUAUGUAAUCACUUAUUAUGAAUGGGAUAGUUCCCGAGUCUAUUGCCUCUUACCUCCUUUAUAUCAUCCUUGGCAUUUUCCAGAGUGCUCACUUCUCAGGAGACAAAGCCUUCAGGCUUUCAAGAUGCCAGGGUGACAUUUGUUGCCGAGGGUGACAAUUUGCUGUAAGCCAUUCGGGCGUAAAUCACAAGCACCAUCUACUAGGAGUGCUGGCACGGGGAACGGCUCCUGAGGUCUCACCAGGUGCCAUGCAGUAUUUCCUUCUUACCUCAAUGGUUCUUAGCUCACUGCUAUGACACGUGUUUUCCCAUUUCACAGUCUAGGAAACUGAGGCUCGUGAAGAUGAAUGACGGGACCAAGUAGGGCUCAGGGGCCAGGUUUUGUGUUUUGCUUCAAACAUUGGAGUCACAACCCUUCAGGGUCAGCAGGGAUACCCACAAUGGCUGGCAGCAUGGGGAAAAUUGGGGGCUUUGAUAAUUGGGGGGGCGUCUACCUCUCUGCUCAGCGCCAGGGAUCGGACUCACUGUCUGCUUGCUGGGAAAAUCUGCUAUUUUCUUGCCACAGUAGCUCAUUUAGAUGCAGAGAGGUUUCUCAGUGUAGACCAGUUUCCCAAAGAUGGUGCAUGAACCCAGAAAAGUCACAUCAAGGGGACAGAAAUGGCCCAGGGCUGUCAUUUUGCAUUCUCUGUGCAAGACUGGUCACAGCACACUUCCUUGCAGGAGUUUGGCCAUAACUGUGUGAGUCAGAGAAGGCCCUGUCUCAGAGGCCAGAAACCUGGAGUCUGCAGCAGCCUGGUUCACUCCCUGGCUGGAGGCUCCCCGUUCAGGCUGCUUACACGUUGAUCCUGCUGCGUGUACAUUUUGUGGGCAGAGUGGUGGGGUGCAGCUGUGUGGAGUCUGCCUUGUGUCACCAGCGCGAGGGAACGGUCCCCUCGGAAACCAGGCGCAGAUGUAGCCCAACAUAUUAAAAUCCCAAACACUGACAUUCUUUGUUGGACUCGCCUGCGGAUGGCUGUGUUUAUAGAGUCAGGAUGCUAGAGAAUCACAGGUAUAGCAAUUUUGCUAAGUAGUCCCAGACCUUGAUUAACACAGGACCCUCUAUCUUCCUCUGUUGUAUGUAAAUGAAGACUUUCACAGAGAGAUAGAGUGCGAGCUGGGCUGGGAGGUAAGAAGAGUCCUUCUGUCAAUUUCAAGGGACCUCUAAGAAAAACAACCGCCAGUGCCUUUAAGCCACAGCUGCGGAGAAGCCUGCGUGAAGUUUUAUUUCGAGAAAUGUUAAUAGUUUAAACUGUCCUCGCUCUGACGGCUCAGAUCCCAGGAAAUGGCAGCCCUGCGGUGUGUAGUGGGAAGACUGUGUGAGAGAGCUCCUCUCCCUAGAUCGGGUCUAAAUUAUCCCAAAAUGCUGAAGUCCUCUCUCUGAUCGUGGCUUUCCGACUAGACAUUGGCUGCCUCCUCUUGGCAAGUGUGGCCCUGCUGUGUCCUUGUCUCAGGAACAUAGAGAUUACAACCUGCUUUUCACAGGGGCGUUGCUGAUCCCAAUUCACAUCCUUGUUUAGCAAGGCUUUUACUGACUAAAGUCUCCAGGCUCCUUGCAGUUGAUCUCUCUGGUUGACUGGAGUGGGGAGGAGGGGAAUUUACCUGCCCCAUUUUUUAAGCCCCACUUGUAGUAAUAUAAUAUGCAGUUUCUUUAUUAAUUUAGAAGACUGUUGCCCCAAAGUGUUUCCACCCUAAAAAGAGCUUUCUGUUUCUUCCUCCAAAGGUCUUUCGAACAAAUGUACCAGGUGGAGGGCCCGCCUCAACAUCUGGGCCUCUCUUACCAACCAAACAUUCAAGCAAUACUUAUAAAUGUUUGAAUUUCUCUCAUCUCAAAGCCUUGAAACCAGGACUCUUCUGGAUUUCAGAUUUUCAAUAAUUGGGAUGUGUGCAUAGUGAUGGGUUGUGGGGAUGACCUCGAGUGCCGUGUUCGCAUAUCCCUUAUGGGACACAAAUGUCCUCAGACAAUGUUGUCAGUUCUGAGGCCUUCUGUACAGGCAGUCCCCCUGGGGUGGCAUUCCGCCCAGGCCUCCUACUUCUGCUGCCUGGAUGCUGCUGGGGUUACAGAUGUAAGCCACCAUGCCCGGCAGAUGGCUCCUGUUUGGAUGGCCCACGAGCCAGGACUUGAUAACGGGUGUGGAAUUUUCCACUUAGGAUCAGCACUCAAAGAUGUUCAGGUUUCGGAUCAGGUGUUUGGAUCAGGGUUCCCUGUCUGCCCUCGUUUUGCUGCGGGCGUAGUAGAUUUCUUCUCUUUAAUUUUUUCCCCCUUAAUUACAGUUUAUGUGUUUGUAGCGUUUGGGAUUUGGGGGUGAGUCUCGCUGUGUGGCUCAGGUUGGACUCUCAAGGUUUGUGGGGUCUGUAGCCUUAAUAUUAGAGUGCCAGGCAAGCUUUGGACUUGGGAUCCAUACUGUCUUAGUCUCCCGAGUACCUGUGAUUACAGGCUUGUGCUAUGAGGCUGGGCAAGAGAGAGCCUGAGGUAUUUGGGGGUGGUGGGGUGUGGUACUGAGGCCUUCUGCGUGUUAGGCAAAUACUGUCACUGAGCUCAUUCCCGGCCCAUCGUGGGCUCACCUGAUCCUCUUGCCCCAGCCUCCUGAACAGCUGAAACUGUAGGCCAAACCCAUUGUACCGAGCCUCUACUGUCUGUGAAUGUCUUACUUAGUUCAUCUCUUUGUUGAAAGGCACAGUCAUACCUGCUUAUGAUGCUUCCUGGAGAGCAUUCCUGUGAGGAGGGGGAGAGAGAGAGAGAGAGAGAGAGAGAGAGAGAGAGAGAGAGAGAGAGAGAGAGAGGUGGAGACAAAGACAGAGACAGACACCAAGAGAGACAGAGACGUACUGAGAGAGAUAAACAGAGACAGAGAGAGGUGGAGACAAAGACAGAUACCAAGAGGGAGACAGAGACAAGAAACACACACACACACACACACACACACACACACACACACACACACACACUGUCCAUGUGUGUCUGUUUCUUCUUUCUGGGUGCAGACCUGAAGGUAAAACCAUGGGCUAUGGGCUGGGAACUGUCUAACCCGUGGUCUCGUGUGUACUGGCAAACACUCUCCUCCCACUCCCUCCCUGGUUAUUAUCGAUGGGCACAUUUCUGCAACCCUCAUCGCUGGCUGCGGCCUGCUGGGCUCAGUGCUUUCUUACUCUCUUCUCUCUCUGCCUCAUUCACAACUGACCUUUCAAAUUACCAUGAGAGCCAUUUCUGGCUUGCAGGGCUUUUGCCGUGUAUAUCAAUCACCCUCUCUCGCCUCCACGUUUUGUUUUUUCUUUUUAAGAGUUACAUUUGUUUGUUUUGUGUGUGCACACGGGAAAGUCAGGCAGCUAGGCAGUCGGCCGGCUUGUGGGAGCUGGUAGUUCCUGCCAUAUGGGCCACGGAUUAAACUCGGGUUGAUGAGGCUUGGUGACCUGUGCCUUACCUGCUGAGCCGUCCUAGUGCCCCCCCCCCCAUCCCCACCGCCCUCUCCCCACUCCUGCUCCCCCCUCCCCUCCAGGUCUAAGGCCUCAGUUGGGACUCAGCCGUGCCUUUGUUGCUCUCUCCUUGCACGGAAGGCAGAAUGAGCCAGACUUUGUCUGAUGGUCGGAACUUCUGCCCUAGAUCUGAGGCAAAGGCCAAGCCGCCCCUUGGCUGGGGGGAAACAGCGUCUUCUCUAGCAAAAUCUAGCGCCUGGGAGUAAUUACUAGGCUCCAGUAAUCUGUCCUCCAUAGUCCUGGUGCUCUCUGACACGGCCCCUUUUCCUUCCCAGUGAUCACCAAUCUCUGUCAAGUAAUUCUCUUCCCUUAAGAUGGGCUCUGGAGCAGGGAUUAAAGGCCUUUUCCUGUGUACUGACCCCACCCCCACCCCCCAGUUUAAAUCGCAGUGUUCCUCCUCUCUGGCUGACUGCAGGUCCUGUUACCUGCUCCUGUCACCGCCUUUGUGACUCUCCCAUGCUGUUCUCUGAGGACCUCCUCCUUCCUUCGAUUGUAUCUCCAGGCAUGUCCUGUCUGUCUGUCCCUGUGUUGUGUUGUGUUGUGUGUGUGUGUUUGUGUGUGAGUGAGUGUGUGUGUUUGUAUGUGAGUGUUUGUGUGUGUGAGUGUGUGUGUUUGUAUGUGAGUGUUUGUGUGUGUGAGAGUGUGUUUUUGUAUGUGAGUGUUUGUGUGUGUGUGUGUGUGUGUGUGUGUGAGUGCGUGUGUGUCCCGCCCAUGCUUCUCCAGCCUUUCGUUUACACACCUAUACCUGUCUUGUGAGCAGGAGGAGAUGCGACUCGGUGGCGGAGUAGAUGUUGAACUCUGGGUCCUGGGUUCAAUCCCCAGCACGAUAGAAACAACCCCAGCUUAAAAACACCCCAGAACAUAAACAAAUCCAAACGAAGAACGAGCAGACUCCUGCAGGCUCCAAAGUCAACACCGCCCUCUCGAAGGAUCCUGAAAGGAAUUUGUGUGCGUACUACAUAAUUGAGAAUGGGCAAGCCAGAUGAGAGGACUCAAGGCCUCUGCCCUCACUGAGACUUGGAUAGGGUCAUGGAGUUCCUUAGGCACAUGGGAUGGGUGGGUACUUUCUCAAGUGUCUGGUCUUCCUGCCAAGUACUACUUAUGUGUGACUGUUCAGGGUCACAUAAGGAAAGCCACCUUUCUUUUCUCAGUAGCUCAAGUCCCAUGUCUAGUGUCUGUGGCUAAAUACAGCAGACUUCAGUGAUGGCCAGAGAGGUGCAGACCCUGUACAGGACAUCCACCAUUGCUGUAGAAGGCUGUACUGCUGUGCUGUGGCCUCCAGGGGUUGAUUAAUAGACCAUGCUGGGUAUAGGUGGAGACACAUGGUCAGCGACUACAGGGUAUAGAGGAAGCUUCUGGUUUCUUGGUCAGACGUCCUUGUGACUCCUGUUAUUUGAAAAGUCUUUCCAUGUGGGUAGGGCUUGCUGCUUUGCUAAAGAUUUAAAAGUAGUAUCCAGGUAUGUAUGAACUGUCUUGGACUCCUUUUCCCAGGCAUGAUCUGCUCCCCCUGGCUCUAUAAUCUCUCUCAACAGCUCUGGGCUCCAUGAUUAUUCUAGGUGUAAUUGACCCACAAGGAGCCCCAAAUCCUCUCUGCAGUCUGGGGAUAGUCUCUCACUCCAGAUUGACACAGGACCCCAGCAUUAUGAAGGCUGAGGCAGGAGGAUCAUGAGUUUAGAGCAAGCCUGGAUUGUAUAAUUGUGGAAACCCUGCCUUUAUUGAAAAAAAAAAUUAAUUUCCCCCAAAGCCAGGCUUUUUAUUCUAGCACUUGGGAGGUAGAGGCAGGGGCAUGUCUUUGAGUUUGAGGGUAGCUUGGCAUGACAACAUAUGUUGGUAUGGGUAACAUAGGAUAACAUUAUGUAACAAGUUUCCGGCCAGCCAGGACUGCACUGUGAGAUCCUGUCUCAAAAAACAACAACGACAACAAAAAACCCGAAAAGCACUUCUCAAGAUUUAUUUUUGUUGUUUUAAAUUAUGUGUGCAUGUGUGGGGUGUCUGCAUGUGGGUAUGUGCACAAGUGGGGGUGCUAUAGAGGCCAGAGGAGUCAAAUCCCUGGAGCUGGAGUUACAGGUGGUUGUGAGCUGCAGUGUGGGUGCUGGGAACUGAACUUAGGUCCUCUGGGAGAGCAGCCAGUGCUCUAACCACUGAGCCCUGUCUUAGAGUUUCUUUACUCACCCCCCACUUGUCACUGCACUCAGUCAGUCAGGCAUGCAUCUUGCAGGCCCCUGCCAGCCAGGCUGUGCACCUAGCACUGGGCCACUGUGCACACUGAGUCACUAAGACUGACCUCACAUUCUGGAGGGGAGACACUGAGGCUGAGCAAGUGAGUCCCAGAGAGUGUCUGGUCAGGAAUGGGAGUCAUGGGGCAUAAAUGGCUGGGAUGUCAGGGAAGGCCUACUGGGAGGUGACAUUUGAGCCAAAAGUUAACUACUGUGGAGGAGAUUGGGUACAGAACAUUGUAGAUGGAGGGAGGGGCCAGCUAAGUGCAAAGGAAGCAGGAAGCUAUGCUGUGAGGGGAUUGGAUGAGCAGUGCGAGCUACCUCAUCGCGGCAUGGGGCUGUGAGGGGAUUGGAUGAGCAGUGCGAGCUUACGUCAUCGCGGCAUGUGGCUGUGAGGGGAUUGGAUGAGCAGAGCCGAGUUUGCCUCAUCAUGGUGUGGGACUGUGAGGGGAUUGGGUGAGCUUACUGAGUUUACUUUGUCAUGGCAUGGGGGCUGUGAGGGGAUUGGGUAAGCAGAGCACGUGAACUUACCUCAUCACAGCAUGGAGCUGUGAGGGGAUUGGACGAGCAGAGCCGAGCAUAGUUCAUCAUAGCUCAUCAUGGCGUGGGGUAGGGCUGACGACUCCGGCUCUGUAGCCCUCAGGUAGCCUAGAAACUUCCUGUAGCCCAGGAUGGCCUUGCAUUAACAAAGAUCUCCCUGCUUCAGCCUCCUGAGUGCUGAAAUCACAGGGGUGAGCCACCACUCUGGAUUUAGGUUUAGCGUUCUGAGUGAAUAAUUCGAAGUCUGAAUCUCAGAGAGAAGCUGCCGGGCUUCUCUUUAGCCUGUUCUCUCUUCAGGAGCUUCCUGUGCCUUGAGAGGAACAUGAACUCAGAGGAGCGCUGUCUGAGGAAGAGUGGGAAGGAUGGGACUGGGAAGAUGGUACGCAGAAAAGCUUCAGGUCUGUCAGGAAUCAAGUCCUGAGCAUGCAGGGGCUUUGGUGAACUCUACCAGCCAGAGAGGUUUUACCAGACAGGUAUGCUGUUGCAAGACAUGGUCGGGGCACAGCAAGUUUUGGGGAAACUGGUUUGAGGUUUCUGAGUCUUUCUCCUGACUGAUUAUAAGAGGGGGUCAGGCUCGGGGGUGUGUGUGACAGCAAUGACUCACGGUCCUGUCAGUGUUAUGUGUCUCCACACAUGUAGAAAGACUGAUAGCCGUAGCCGAACACACUGGGUCAGAGAGACCAAGUAACUUGCCCAAAGUCACCCAGCCCUUGGAUUCAGAGCUGUACUGAAUAUCAAGAGUCCAUACACCCUACAGAGCUAUGGCAGUGUGUGUAUGGCUUUCCUCACGGAGCAGUAACUGGUAGCAUGCAGAGCCUACACAGCCAGGCUCGGCCUGGGCAGGAAGGGUUUAGAGUGGUAUCUGGCAGUGGUGCAGGCUGGGAUGAGCUACGAUGACAGAAACUUGUCCCAACCUUAUGAGAUUCUUGUGUCCCCUCACUUCCUUCCCUGGAUGGAACUAUGUGAGCCCUGAAUUAUAUCUACAUCCUGGCUCUGGGAGACUCCUGAGAGUAGCCAUCAGUAAAUAAUACCUUUGACACUGGGAGCAGCAGAGGUGGCUCAGUGGAUAAAGAAGACUGGCUGCUCUUCUAGAGGUCCUGAGUACAAAUCCCAGCACCCGCAUGGUGGUUUACAACUGUCAGUAACCCCAGCCUCAAGGGAUCUAAUAUCCUCUCCAGGCCAUAGCGUGAACCACGCGUGCGUGUGGCGUACACCCCACCCCCCAACAUAAUAUAAACAAAUUGUUUUUAAAAUGAGCUUACUUUGAGGGAGAAAUAGAGAAAUUAGUCUUUGGUCUUGCCCUCUCUCUAGCCUAUAUAUAUAUAUAUAUCAACAACCCCUGGUCUUUCUCCUGUCUACUUAAAAAAAAAAAAUCCUUUGUCUGUCUCUGAGGCAUCUGCAUUUACUAGUCAUUUUGUCCUCUAGGCCUCAGUUACCGAUCCAUAAAACGGGCAUGUUCAGAGCCUACUUUCUGGCAGAAGGACCUCCCAGGUUAUAAGUGUUCAGUGGUGGUUGCUACCACCCUGUGUCUUUGGCUACACUCCUGAGAGAAUAGGGCUUUCCUUUUCCUGGUUGUCCAAAUGCCCAGCAAGCGCCUUACCACCAAAUCCUAGCCCCUGAGGAUGGUUCCUUGACUCAUCGGUAGAUACUGAGGCUUUUCAGUCUUGGCAUUAAUGGAUAUUUUGGGUUGAAUCCCUCUGCCUUUUUUUAAAAAAAGAUUUAUUUAUUAUAUAUAAGUACAUUGUAGCUAUCUUCAGACACACCAGAAGAGAGCAUCAGAUUGCAUUACAGAUGGUUAUGAGCCGCCAUGUGGUUGCUGGGAUUUGAACUCAGGACCUCUGGAAGAGCAGUCAGUGCUCUUAACCACUGAGCCGUCUCUCCAGCCCGAUCCCUCUGUCUUGAAGGAUGUUGCAUCUCUCACAUUCCUGAAUGUCCUUGACCCUUUGUGGCAACCCCAAAUACCUCUAGACUCUGUCAAGUCUACCCCGGGCACUGCUGUACCCCAUCCUGGACACCAGAACUCCUUGAAAAUGGAGAUUGGGGUGGGCCUUGCCCUUAGAGACUCCUUGUAUCCAUCCCGUGCUGAGGAUACAAGUGGAGUGGUGGUCCAUGCAGUCACCAUAGUCCCUGUAUGUAGCUCCUAAAAUAAUAUUUCAAAGGCUGGGGAGGUGGGUAAAGUGUCACGGAAGCGGGAGACUUGAGUUUGGAUCCGCUGGUCUCCUGAAUGCUGGAGGUGUUUGUGGGAGAGACAGGUUGUCAUCCCCAGUGUUUCUGCUGGGAAAGAGGAGUAGGGGCUGGGAAGAGGAAGAACCCUGAGACUUUGGAGCUAAGGCAGCUUGGCAUACACAACAGUGAAGGAGAGAUCCAGACAUGCGCACAUGCUUGCGCGCGCGCUCUCUCUCUCUCUCUCUCUCUCUCUCUCUCUCUCUCUCUCUCUCUCUCACACACACACACACACACACACACACAAUCAGUUAGCUAAAUGUGUGAAUGGGAUUAGAAAGAGGAAUCUGUUUCCUGGGUUAAAUGUCCUUUCAGGCCGCAAACUCAGGGGGUUCCUGUGAUCCCCUGUUCCACACUCUGCUCAGUUCCUGACCUUUCAGUAGGAUUUUCUGCGUGCCCUAACCCACGGGAUUCCAUUGUCUGACUGCAUCUCCCUGCUGCUUCCUGUGUUUGGCUGCUCUAAGCCAUGCUGCUGGGCGGCUCUCACACCCGACGAGCUCUAGGGACCUUAAACAUCCCCUCUCGCUGGGGUAAUCUGGGCAACAUUCUGCGCCUAAGAUAGCUUGCCCAGAGGAGCUGACAAGCUGCCUGGAGGGCCUGUCCCUUCCCCCUUGUUUCCUGGCCUUUUCCUUGUCCUCAUUAGGACAGCGAGUCCUCAGAACCACAGCGAUUGUGUGUAUUUAUUCGAGUCUACCGUAAUAAAUGGCUCCCGGGCGCCGUGCGUGGAUGACGUCCUGCACAGCCACACUGCAGUCUAGGGUGAUGAAUUAGAGCCAAGGCCCGUGGACACGAGGCCGGGCUCUUCCUGGCCUAUUGCAAAGGUGUCCUUGGUGCUGCUGGGCUAUCUAAUGAGUCUAAGACCAGAGCUGGCCUGGUAAGUGGUGACUCUCUGCUUGUUCUCUCUGCUUCCUCCUCCCCCUGGGAGAGGCUGCUGAGGAGCCGGAAGCAGGGAUGUCUGCCGCCGGGAGCUUGCUACUGUCCUCUUUUGGAACAGAGGAGCCAGGCUCCCUCAGCGGCCAAGCUGCCUCUAUGGCAGAUCCUGGCUCUACCGAGAGAACGGCCCAGAAACGGAAGGUCCCCAGCCCCCCACAUUCCUCCAAUGGCCAUUCGCCCCAGGACUCAUCCACAAGCCCCAUUAAAAAGAAAAAGAAACCCGGCUUACUGAACAGUAGCAGUAAGGAUCAGUCAGAGCUAAGACAUGGUCCGUUUUACUAUAUGAAGCAGCCACUCACCACAGACCCUGUUGAUGUUGUACCGCAGGACGGACGGAAUGACUUCUAUUGCUGGGUUUGUCACCGGGAAGGACAAGUCCUUUGCUGUGAGCUCUGUCCCCGGGUUUAUCACGCUAAGUGUCUGAGACUGACAUCGGAACCAGAGGGGGACUGGUUUUGUCCUGAAUGUGAGAAGAUUACAGUAGCAGAAUGCAUCGAGACGCAGAGCAAAGCCAUGACCAUGCUGACCAUCGAACAGCUGUCCUACCUGCUCAAGUUUGCUAUUCAGAAAAUGAAGCAGCCCGGGACGGACGCAUUCCAGAAGCCCGUUCCGUUGGAACAGCACCCCGACUAUGCAGAGUAUAUUUUCCAUCCCAUGGAUCUUUGCACGUUGGAAAAGAAUGCAAAAAAGAAGAUGUAUGGCUGUACGGAAGCCUUCCUGGCUGAUGCCAAGUGGAUCCUGCACAACUGCAUUAUUUAUAAUGGGGGAAACCACAAGUUGACGCAAAUAGCAAAGGUUGUCAUCAAGAUCUGUGAGCACGAGAUGAAUGAAAUUGAAGUAUGCCCAGAAUGUUAUCUCGCAGCUUGCCAGAAACGAGACAACUGGUUCUGUGAGCCCUGUAGCAAUCCGCACCCUUUGGUCUGGGCAAAACUUAAAGGAUUCCCAUUCUGGCCAGCGAAAGCUCUGAGGGACAAAGACGGACAGGUUGAUGCCCGUUUCUUUGGACAACAUGACAGAGCCUGGGUUCCAGUCAAUAAUUGCUACCUCAUGUCAAAAGAAAUCCCCUUUUCUGUGAAAAAGACUAAGAGUAUCUUCAACAGCGCCAUGCAGGAGAUGGAAGUUUACGUGGAGAACAUACGGAAGAAGUUCGGGGUUUUUAAUUACUCCCCGUUCAGGACGCCCUACACCCCCAAUAGCCAGUACCAAAUGCUGCUGGAUCCCAGCAAUCCCAGCGCCGGCACUGCCAAGACAGACAAACAGGAGAAGGUGAAGCUCAAUUUUGACAUGACGGCGUCCCCCAAGAUCAUUCUGAGCAAGCCCCUUCUGAGCGGGGGCGCGGGCCGCAGGAUCUCCCUGUCCGACAUGCCUCGCUCCCCCACCAGCACGAACUCCUCUGUGCACACGGGCUCCGAUGUGGAGCAGGACCCCGAGAAGAAGGCCCCAUCCAGCCACUUCAGCGCAAGCGAAGAGUCCAUGGACUUCCUUGAUAAGAGCACAGCGUCUCCAGCCUCCACCAAGACGGGGCAAGCAGGGAGCUUGUCCGGCAGCCCGAAGCCCUUCUCUCCACAAGCGCCAACGCCCAUCAUGACGAAACCUGACAAGACCUCCACCGCCACCACCGGGAGCAUCCUGAACUUGAACCUGGAUCGAAGCAAAGCCGAGAUGGACCUGAAGGAGCUGAGCGAGUCGGUCCAGCAGCAGUCAGCUCCCGUCCCCCUCAUCUCUCCCAAGCGGCAAAUUCGAAGCCGUUUCCAGCUCAACCUGGACAAGACCAUAGAGAGUUGCAAAGCACAGCUAGGCAUAAACGAGAUCUCGGAGGACGUUUAUACGGCCGUGGAGCACAGCGACUCAGAGGAUUCGGAAAAGUCAGAGAGCAGCGACAGCGAGUACGUCAGCGACGAGGAACAGAAGCCCAAGAAUGAGCCGGAGGACCCCGAGGACAAGGAGGGGAGCCGGGUGGACAAAGAGGCCCCUGCCAUCAAAAGGAAGCCCAAGCCCUCGAACCAGGUGGAGGUCAAAGAGGAAGUGAAGAGUAACUCGCCCGUUGGAGAGAAAGUGGACCCCGCACCCGCCAAGGACAAGGCCAGCCCCGAGCCCGAGAAGGACUUUGCAGAGAAAGCAAAGCCAUCCCCUCACCCCACGAAGGACAAAUUGAAGGGAAAGGAUGAGACAGAUUCUCCCACAGUGCACUUGGGCUUGGAUUCGGACUCAGAGAGCGAACUUGUCAUAGACUUAGGAGAAGAUCCUUCUGGGCGGGAGGGUCGAAAAAACAAGAAAGAGCCCAAGGUGCCGUCGCCCAAGCAGGAUGCCAUAGGUAAACCGCCACCACCCACUCCGGCCGGCAACCAGUCUCCCCCAGAGACGCCGGUUCUCACCCGCUCAGCCACGCAAGCACCUGCGGCCGGGGUCACCGUGGCUGCCACCACCAGCACGAUGUCUACCGUCACGGUCACAGCGCCGGCCACCGCCGCCGUCACCGGAAGCCCAGUGAAGAAGCAGAGGCCGCUCUUACCGAAGGAGACUGUCCCAGCCGUGCAGCGGGUCGUGUGGAACGCAUCAAGUAAGUUUCAAACGUCCUCCCAAAAGUGGCACAUGCAGAAGAUACAGCGCCAGCAGCAGCAGCAGCAGCAACAGCAGCAGCAACAGCAGAGCCAACAGCAGCAGCCUCAGUCUUCCCAGGGGACAAGAUAUCAGACCAGACAGGCCGUGAAAGCUGUCCAGCAGAAGGAGGUCACCCAGAGCCCGUCCACAUCCACCAUCACGCUGGUGACCAGCACACAGCCGGCAGCCCUGGUCAGCAGCUCGGGCUCUGCCAGUACCUUAGCGUCUGUGAUCAACGCUGACCUGCCCAUUGCCACUGCCUCAGCCGAUGUGGCUGCGGACAUUGCCAAGUACACCAGCAAAAUGAUGGACGCCAUAAAGGGGACUAUGACAGAAAUCUACAACGACCUCUCCAAGAACACCACUGGGAGCACAAUUGCUGAGAUUCGAAGGCUGAGGAUUGAGAUUGAGAAGCUGCAGUGGCUGCACCAGCAGGAGCUCGCCGAGAUGAAGCACAACUUGGAGUUGACCAUGGCAGAGAUGCGGCAGAGCUUGGAACAGGAGCGGGAUCGGCUCAUCGCCGAGGUGAAGAAGCAGCUGGAGCUGGAGAAGCAGCAGGCGGUGGACGAGACCAAGAAGAAGCAGUGGUGUGCCAACUGCAAGAAGGAGGCCAUUUUUUACUGCUGCUGGAACACCAGCUACUGCGACUACCCCUGUCAGCAGGCCCACUGGCCCGAGCACAUGAAGUCCUGUACCCAGUCGGCUACCGCCCCUCAGCAGGAAGCGGAUGCUGAGGCAAACCAGGAAACAGGAAAUAAGACAUCUCAGGGCAGCUCUUCCAAUACACAGUCAGCACCUUCAGAACCAGCCAGCACCCCCAAAGAGAAAGAGACGUCGUCAUCGUCCUCGAAUUCCUCCUCAACGGAGAAGAGCAAGGACAGUAACUCGACCCUGGACCUUUCCGGCUCCAGAGAGACGCCCUCCUCCAUUCUCUUAGGCUCCAACCAAGGCUCUGUUAGCAAGAGGUAUGACAAGCAGCCUGCCUAUACCCCAACCACUACAGACCACCAGCCGCACCCCAACUACCCAGCCCAGAAGUACCAUUCCCGGAGCAGCAAGGCGGGUUUGUGGAGCAGCAGCGAGGAAAAGCGAGGGUCAUCCCGCUCCGAGCACAGUGCAGGGACCAGCACGAAGAACCUCAUGCCCAAAGAGUCCCGGGAGUCUAGGCUAGACACCUUCUGGGACUAGGGGUGCAUUGUGAGCCAGAAACCUCCCUGAGUGUGUGGGGGGGAAACAACCCAAACAACAGGAAGCAACAGAAACUGGAGAACUGCCACCACCUUUAGAAUUCCUAACACUCAGGCUCUGCCCGUGGGCUUGGCUGCAGGACAGCGACUUGACUCCAUGACUUGACUCCACCCCAGCUUCCACCUUGGCCGGGACUGCUCUACCCUGUGAGCCAAACACUUUAGGUGUAAGUAGGUACACUUUGUGAUGUCACUGACCUAGUGUACCCUUUCUUUUUCAUAUCUAUACUGACCUUAACUUAUAAAAAAAGAAAAGAAAAACAAGUUAUAUAUAUAUAAAAAAAAUCUACAGUUAAAAGAAUGUUUUGAUAAUCCAGGGGCUGGUUAGUUAGCCCACUAGCCUCACUGUGGUGUCAGGGCUGGGCCUGGGGAUUGCUAUUCUGUCAUAGGCCCUUGUCCUUGGAUACCCAGGGGAGGGAGCCACUGUCGCCACAGCACACCAUGAUCGGGGCUCUCAGGCUGUGCUGCCGUGGACCCGCCACACCAAGCCAUCGGCCCCUCACAGACCCUACAAGACGAUGUUAGGAAACACAAGCUUGCUGGGCUCGAAGGACACAGAGAGAAGUGUGUGUGUGUGAGUGCUGUGUUUCCAGCUAUGGUUCCCGAAAGGGCAAAGCAGCCUCCUGUUUACAGAAGGUCCACACGAACAAUCCCCUUGGCGGCCUUCGCUCGGGGAGGGAGACACCCCUUCUCUCGGCUGAGUUUUUUUCCCCAUAAGCACUCACACGGAUUUCUCGAAGACGUGCUUCUCAGAAGCAAGGACUCAAAAGGCAAGAUGCACGACGAGGCCACCGAGCCCGGGGUUGGAGCAUGUACGUAUUAUUUAUAUGCCGGAGUUCUACGUUUUUAAUGUAAGCAUGAAACACAGGCAGUGUGAGAGAGAGCCAGGACCCGACAUGCUGUCCGUUAACGCUACGUCUGCUGUAGUUCCAUUUUUGUAUGUUGUGUAAAACAAAGCAUCGAUCGAAGCAAAAGGUGAUGUGUGUAUAUCAGAAAAAAUUAACUGUAUAUCAUUCCAGUACAUUCCGUUGUACAUUUUAGUCUCCGUUUACUUUCUCUUCAUUGUUGAUAAGAGAACGCAAGCUGCGCCUCGUCCAGCUAGUUAACCCCCACUAGAGAAGAAAGGAAGAAACGCUAGAAGAAAACAGGAGAGAGAGAAAAUUUGUGAAUUGCGGUCGUCAAAAAAACAAAACAAAAAAAAAACCAAUCUAGCCUAGCUGGCCUUAUUUGGGAAGCGUAACUGCUUUUAGCAUAUGGGAGUAUUUUUUCACAUUUUCUUUGUAUAAAAUUUGUAUUAAACUUAAAUAUCUUUUUUGA